UGGUGUGGUUGGCGGCUGUGAUGGCGGCAGGUGGCAGCGACACGAGGGCUGGCGAUGUAGAGGAGGACGCCUCACAGCUUAUCUUUCCCAAAGAGUUUGAAACAGCUGAGACGCUUCUAAAUUCAGAAGUUCAUAUGCUUCUGGAGCAUCGAAAGCAACAGAAUGAGAGUGCAGAGGAUGAACAGGAACUUUCUGAGGUCUUCAUGAAAACUUUAAACUACACAGCCCGAUUCAGUCGUUUCAAAAACAGAGAGACCAUUGCCAGUGUCCGUAGCUUGUUGCUCCAGAAGAAGCUUCAUAAGUUUGAGUUGGCCUGUUUGGCCAACCUUUGUCCAGAGACUGCUGAGGAGUCCAAGGCUCUGAUCCCAAGCCUCGAGGGACGGUUUGAAGAUGAGGAGCUACAGCAGAUUCUUGAUGAUAUCCAGACCAAGCGCAGCUUUCAAUAUUAAUCUCCAAACAUGACUCUUCUGCUAAGGGAACCACAUCCCCAGCACAGCACCCCUGUCCUGGGGUCUGGAGUUCACUUGCACAGAAAUUCUAUUGCAGAAGACACUUGGGCUUGGGCUUGAUUUAGGUUGCUGUUUCAAACUUAACAGUUGGACCGUGAUGACCAUUUAAUCUUGGAGAGGCCUUGCAAUGGCUGCCUGUGGCUUCCUGAGCUUGCCUCUGGGAAGAGUGAGGCGGGGUGAUGUGCAUAUAAGCUACGCUAUGGACUACCUCAUUCCGUGGUUUUUGGCCGCUCUGUUAUUUUUGAUUCCUAAUAUUUUAUGUUUUAAUUUCAAUGUGUUUAUGGUUUUUGAAACUAAACUAGAACAUACAAAACUGGUAUGGGAAAAAACAGUCUUACCUAAAUGCAAAAGGAAGAAUUAAAUCAGACGUGUAUCAUUGUUCGAAAUUCUUAAGGUAAGGAUGAUAAGUAUUGUAGUGUUAAUGACUGUAAGAGAGCCUUGGCAUCAUUGUGCUUAACCCAGGAAGCAAGGAAGAAGCUCACCAUGGGAAGCAAUUCCACUUGAGGAUAACUGUGCUAAGGAUUGUGGGGCCCAUAGCCUUGAGGUAGACAAGUUCUUUGGCUUUUUUCUUGGACUGUUGCAGAAUGUAGAUUUGGAGUACGUGGUCCUAAAGCACUUAUUAUGUUAGUCCUAAAUUAAGACUUUUCCUUCAUAGGCCAGAUGUGAAGGUCUGAACACUUUGAAUUCUCCUUGUGUAGGGCAUCCAGUCCAAACCUCUGGCUUGCUGCUUGGCCGCAGGUCUUCUCUAGUAGGGGUGAUUUGGAAGGAGGGAGCCUGCCCCUUCCUGAGCCGCUCCAAUGAAGUCACUCGAUCUGAAGCUAGUUGGGGGUAAACUUUAGUACCUAACGUUCUAGUCUUGAUUUUUCUGAAGGGAAAUAUGCCUGUUUUCUUCACAAUUUAGGGACUUUUCUUGGGAGCACUUGUAGGCUCCAAAUGAGUUCAUGAUCCAAGGGAAAGGUUGAGGAAACAACAAAGUUGGCUUUACAGGUCAAGAUCGUUUUAUGUCAGCUGCUGGGUAAGGCAAAAAUAAAAUAUUUUUAUAAAUGCUGAAAUUCUGAAAUGACGUGGUUUCUAAGUCACUAAUAUUCUUGAUCAAUAUUGGAAGGAAAUGUCAAUUAGACGUCAAUUUAAAACAGUAUUUGAAGGAAAUAAUCUUGGCAACUUGGCAUCCUUGGGCACCUUUGCUUCUUUGAGAGUCAUCAGUGUUCUCGGCUGUAAAAUGUAUAUAAUAUCUAUUCCAAACAUAUGUUGAGAAGAUUGAAUGAGAAAAUUACUAAAAUGAGCCUAUUGGAGUCUGAUGUAUAUUAUGCCCCAAUAUGUGUUAGCUAUUAUUAGUAUCUCAGUCAGAUGUGCAAGUAUAUAUAGGUGAUUAAGUCACCUUGCUUCAUAGAAAUUAGUGCAAGAAUUUGGUAGUGUAUCAGCUGGUAUUGGUAUCAGACUGUGAAAACAAACCAAAUUUCUUACUCCUUAAAUCUGCAGGAUUAUUUUUUAAGAGAGGCAAUUACAUGUGCAAGUUGGCACCAAGCAGUGGAACAGACAGAGCAAGCCUGGAAGGCACACCUGAGUUACAGUCCAGGUGCGUGUGCUAUAUGGCGAGGGAAUAGUGCAGUGCCACCAUCUUCACUGGUGCGCCCACCUGUGUGCCAGGAGUCUGUGCUACCCCCGACAGUAUUCAAGUCUGUAAAGUGCAUGGCAUAGAGAGGCACUAAUAAGUGGUAGUAAGAUGAUUAGAAGGAGAUUUGAAAAAAAAAAACAGCUCAUAUUAGGGAAUUACUUGUGAAAGCAGCCUCAUGCUAUGUUAUAGAUUCAAAGCCCGGUCAACACAUUCUGCUGGACAUUGUUCUCUGCAGUCCUGGACAGCAGCUCACUGUUCAGUCAGUUGGAGACCCUGCAGAGUCUUUAAUCAUCUGUGAGACACUGUUGGACUCACUGUAUUGUGUUUGCAAAAGCAGAAUUCACGGACGCAUUGAAACAAAGCAAAAGAUGUCAAGUUGUCCAACCCUUACAUCACCAGAAAACUAAAUUAACCAGAAGGACCUUUUCUGAAAGUUCUAGUCCUUCUGGUUUUAUUAAACUUGGGGCUUGAAAAAUAGCAUUACUGGAUGGGGCCUUAGCACAAGCUAUUCUAAUUAAACAUUAUUAAUGUUCUAAGCUUAUUUAUGAAACCAUUUAAGCCUACAUAAAGACUUGUCUGUGAAUAGUCAUUGCAGCAUUAUUCGUAAUAGCCAAAAACUGGAAACAAUCUGAAUGCCCACCACCUGGUGAACGGAGACACAAAAAUGUAACAUAUCCAUACAAGUGGAACACUGUUUCACAAUAAAAAGGAACAAACUACUAAAAACCACUGGAGCCCACAGGAUAUGCCAGGGGUGUGCCAUAGUUUUUCAACUUAUGAAAAGUAUUAAACAUAACAAAAGCUGAAAGACUAGUACAUUGGUCACCUAUGUGUUCAUCACCUACAUUUAACAAGAUAACAUUUGUAAUACUGGCUUUAUCUGUAUUUUUGUUAGGAAGCGUUUGAAAGCAGACAGCAUGACACUUCAUUGAAAUACUUAAGCAUGCGUUUUUUUACUUUCCUCUGUAAGUAGAAUUAUUUCGCUUAGGAACAUCGACAAGAAUUUCCUGAUAUUUAAUAUUCAAUUCAUAUUCACGUUUCCUCUGGGGAGAGUACUGGGCCAAAGGUCAGUCCCAGUGUUGGUAUAAUUUAGUGUUAUAUAAAAGCAGUUAUAAUUAAGGCUCUAAAGUGACGCUUGACUUGUGAAAAAUAUUGAAGGAAUAUCUGUUACUGCCUUCAAGUUGCUGUAAGGAGCUCUGGACAAAAAUACGUGUAUGCAACCCUAGAUGAAAUAUGGGCCCAGGUAGAUUGCCGGCCCUGUGUAGUGUUUGAUUAGUAAUGUGUCUGCAUGUAGCUCUUCAUCUCUUCCUCCAUCAUCAGCAGGAGGGCAGUUUGGAACUAAAUAGGCAGAAUGGGUGAACAGUGACAGCAGAGGGAAGGCAAGUCUGCUGUAUGCCACCAAACCUCGAGUAACAUUCAGACUAGAGUUAUGUGUCCUUCAUUUCCUUUUGCAUGGCAGUGAGUAGAUACUUAUUCAUAAAUGUUAGUUGAGUAAGUACACAGACCCCAUUUUCACAAGGGUCCAUGUGGACCUGCAGGGAGAGCAAGAAUGUAUCUGAAACAAAAUUGGAGGAAAGGGCUCCAUUGAAAUAGAGUCGAGGUGGUGGAGAAACAGCCCAGAAGACACCUGGGGAUUUUGAAAGACAAGGCAAAGCUGUCCAACAGAACUUUCUGCAAGAUAGGAAUAUUUUAUAUCUGCACUGUCCAAUAUGGUAGCUGCUAGCCACAUGUAGCUGUUGAGCACUUGAGCCUAGUCAGGAACUGAACUUUAAAUUUAAUU